ACCGGCGCUCCUCCACCGCACCGCCGCUCAUUAAUCCCUCUCAUAAAAAGGCAGACACCUGGGCAAAGCCGCGGCAGUAAACAGCAUUUGAUUUAUAUUUUUAUUAUGGGUUUUAUUUCCGUGGAUGCAGAGAAAAAAGUUUUGUAUUGACGCUGCGUUGAAAAGGAGAGUCAGUCUCCAGGAGGGACACCAACGGGCUUCUCCUCAGCAUCUGUCUCUUUCUCUGGGGCUGCUGUUUCCAAAAUCUGUUCAAGUGAGGGACUCGCCUGUGAGAGGACGAUAUGAAGGUAGCGGGUUCCCUUUGGAUCCUUUGGUUUGUCCUUGUGCGCAGGGUGGCUGGAGUUGCUGAGUCAAUCUCAGACCCAUCACUCAGGCCUGGGCUUAGCUUGACAGAUGGACAGGACCAGGCGGUGAGCCAGGGUCAAUAUAAAUGUCUUAAGCUGUCCAACCGAGACCAGCAGGAGAACAGAACCGGUACGUUCUGUGGGCGUAUGUGGGAUGGCUCUUUGUGCUGGGAUGAGACUCCAGCUGGGACGUCAGUAACACAAAACUGUCCAGAUCAUCUUGACCUGGACCCGACUGAAAAAGUGACCAAAUAUUGUCCCGAAUUUGGUAACUGGGUCGAGACUGCGUCCAAUUGUCAACCAGCUUCAAAGAGCAAAUUGGAGAGGGAAGUUCCCCAUUUUUUAUUGGAUGCGCCUGGAGAGCCGACCACAGAGUCCACAGCGCUUCAGGCAGAAAAAGGCAGUGUUGUGGAAAAAAUGAUCCUUGAGAAUGAAAAGAAAUGCUCAGAGAAAAUGAAGCAAGAUCCGCCUUAUAACAAAUCAGGCCUGCACUGCAGUCGUAACUGGGAUGGCUGGCUGUGCUGGGAGGACACCGCAGCAGGAAGCCACGCUUCACAAAACUGCCCCAAUUAUUUUGGUGACUUUGACCCCACAGAAAAGGUAACAAAGUUCUGUGCCGAGGACGGUCGGUGGUUCCACCAUCCUGAGUCCAGUAUGAUUUGGACCAACUCUACACUCUGUACCACCAACCACGAGAAGAGACUGAGGAAACUGAAGAUGCUUGAGUACGAAUACAAAUGCCUCCGGAAAAUAAAUCGAGACCCACCUUAUAACAAGUCAGGGCUGCACUGCAGUCGUAACUGGGACGGCUGGCUGUGUUGGGACGACACUCCAGCGGGAACAUACGCCUCGCAGAACUGCCCCGAUUACCUGUUUGACUUUGACCACACAGAAAAGGCUAGUAAGUACUGUGGAGAAGACGGCCAGUGGUUUCACCAUCCAGAGAGCAAUAAGACUUGGACAAAUUAUACUCUCUGUGCUGUCAACACUAAGGAGCGGUUGAAGGCAGCCGCACAACUCUCAGGGGAAACCGAGAUACUGACUGCUGAAGAGGCCACAGUCGGCCCCAUGGUUAACCCAGAGGUACAGGAAGUUGUGAGAAAGAAGAUCCUCGACAGCCAGUACAACUGCAUCGAGAGAAUGCGUCGAGAUGCACCUUAUAACAAAUCAGCGCAGCACUGCAGUCGUAACUGGGACGGCUGGCUGUGCUGGGGCGACACUCCAGUGGCAACAUACGCCUCGCAGAACUGCCCCAAUUAUUUCGCCGACUUUGACCCGACAGAAAAGGCCACUAAAUACUGUGGGGAGGACGGGCAGUGGUUCCGCCACCCGGAUACCAACAGGACUUGGUCCAACUACACACUCUGCAUCGAAAACACCAACGCAAAGUUGAAGUCAGCGUACAUCCUGUUCUACAUGGCAAUUGUGGGUCACGCUCUGUCCAUAGCCUCCCUGCUCAUCUCUCUGGCCAUCUUCUUCUACUUCAGGAGCCUGAGCUGCCAAAGGAUCACCCUGCAUAAGAACCUCUUCUGCUCCUAUGUGUUCAAUUCAGCCCUCACCAUCAUCUCCCUCGUAGCUGUGGUCAAUAAUCCUGAAGUUGUUGCCAGAAACCCGGUUGGCUGUAAGGUGCUGCACUUCUUCCACAUGUACAUGCUGGGCUGCAAUUAUUUCUGGAUGCUUUGUGAAGGCAUCUACUUGCACACUCUCAUCGUGGUGGCUGUGUUUGCAGAGGAGCAGCAUCUGCACUGGUACUACCUGCUCGGCUGGGGCUUUCCUCUAGUGCCUGCAUCCAUCCACGCCGUGGCGAGGAAAAAGUAUUUUGACGACAAUUGUUGGAUGAGUGUGGAAACCCAUCUGCUCUACGCCGUCCACGGUCCUAUCGUGGCAGCGCUUCUCGUGAAUCUCUUCUUCUUACUAAAUAUUAUAAGAGUGCUGGUGACCAAGUUGAGAGACACCCACCGGGCGGAGUCCAACAUGUACAUGAAGGCAGUGAGAGCCACCCUGAUCCUGGUGCCCCUGCUGGGAAUACAGUUUGUCAUUUUCCCCUGGAGGCCGCAGAACCGCCUCGCUGGGGAGGUCUACGAGUACAUCAUGCACAUACUCAUGCACUACCAGGGAUUACUGGUGGCAACAAUAUUCUGCUUCUUCAAUGGAGAGGUGCAGGCGGCUCUGAAGAGGCAGUGGAUGCAGUAUAAAACGCAGUGGGGUCAGAGGAGGAAGGACCACUGCUCCAUGCGCUCCACCUCCUACACGGCCACCUCCAUCACCGAGGUGCCCGCCUUCAUGUACCACCACGACUCCAACAGCGAAAACUUGAACGGGCGCUGCACCGAGGACUCUGAGCUGGUGGCGCUCAAAUCAGGAGAGACGUACGCUUGAGCCACGCAGGAGGAAAGAGAGCGAAGUAGUGGAAACAACCGAAGAACCGAGCAACAGAGAUGUACAGAAAGAAAGGAAAACCCCAUGUGCCAUUUCUCAGUGAUUAAAACCUCACAGGCUGAUGCUGGUUUGUUCAGCCCAGGACUUUGAUCCGAGCUCACUGGGAUGGAGAUGGGGGAGCUACAGGGCUGACACUUCAUUUUACUCUACAUUGCUGUUGCGGCUGCUUUCUGAGAACUUUUGAUGUCAAGAACUUGUGGCAUGACAGCUGCUUUUUUGACAUGUGUCACUUCCUAAAGCUGCUAAAACUGUGACCCAAACUUGUGCUGGUGUGCGAGACAGAAAUAACUGUGACUGUGAAGAAGGAGAGGAAGAUUUCAGUUUGUGACGAUGGCGCCGAACGUGAGAGUUGUUGACAGUAGAGGUAGAGCUGAACAGUAUUUUUGAUGGUGUCAUGAAGAUUUUUAAGGUAAAGUAGUAUCCUUCCUAACCUCACCGAGACCAAAGGGUACUGAAAGUUGGUCACAGCUACGAAGGGGUGUGCCAUGGCCAGCUGAGCAAAGAUGGUGGUACUCUUAAGCUAAAGACACACACACACACACACACACACACACACACACACACACACACACACACACACACACACACACACACACACACACACACACAAACUUCACAAACCUGAUCGUAUGUGCCAUGAUGGAGGUCAAAUUUGAAAAUACCCUCCGUGCUUAAAGCUCUGGAAUUGUGUACAUAGUGUAUGUUCACCAUGUUUCGCGUUUAUUUUAGUUUUUUAUUCAUAUUUUAUUCUUGCCAAUUCCUACGUGCGUGCUAAGUGUGUGUCCUGUGAUGCUGCACUCCAAACUGCUUCGUUGUUUUUGGCAGUUGCUGUUUUUGUGCCGAUGCUGAACAUCACAGGGUGAAGCAAAAAUACGUUUUAAUGCACAAAAAAGUCUAUGAAUAAAAAAAACUUUAUUUUGAGGUCGAACAAACACAAGAGUUGUUUCACUGCGUUUGAGUAUGCCAUGAGUUAUUCUGACUUCUCUGCAGUGUGUCCUAUUUUACUCACUUGUUGUUUUACUUUACAAUCAUCCUUUGUCGCGCUCACGAUGCCUUUAAUCAAUCUCCUUUUUUGUUUUUAAAAAAGUUAUAUUCCCAUGUGUGCAUAUUUAUUCAUGAACUUUGUAGCAUUUUGUAUUAAAGAGCACCCGGGGCAAAGGAAAGGUUCACUAAAGAUGAAAUGAAGAUCACAUCCAUACUGUAUGAACAGUCAACAAAUCCACUUCUUAAAGGCAUGUUCACAAUUCUGCAAACAUGAAUUAUGUACUCUUUGUCCUCAAUAUUUUUACAUUCAUAUUCUCAAUGUAUUGUUGCUUUGUCUUAACUGUGCCAUAAACGAAGGACCACACUGAGUUGAUCAGUAUUCACCAACGUAUAGCACUUGGAUAGCUGCAGUGUCUCUGGCAUUUAUUGAUAACAGUUAUUGAGUAGAUCAUUGAGAUUCUACACUGAAUAAAUAAUUGCCGACAUUUAAAUUCAUCAAGGGAAAAAAAACAUCCUAGUUUCCGUCUACUUAUUCAGAUGGGGGAAAAAAGGUCCAAGGAGUAAAAUAUUUG